AUGUCCACCAGCUAUAAAUUAAAUUAUAAUUACUUAGUCGUCAUCUUAAGAUAUGAUAUUGAUUAUUUCCUUUCUAUCUUAAAAUUUAGUGCUUCAUCGUCAUCACUUACCUAUCGUCACAUUGGAUCAAUAAUAAUUGUAAAAACUUUUUAUAUUUUAUACUAUUGCAAUAUAGAUACAACAAUGAAUGCGAUUGUAGCCGCGGUUACUAUUGCAGCGCCAGAAUUACUUCCAGGUUUUCCACCACCUUUGGCAGGUGCCAUCGUCAAUUCUUUGUUCCCAAAUCAAGCAUCGGAUCCACAGGCCGUUUGGAACAGUAUCCUGGUCUAUGCUCAAGCUGCCAUCGAUAAGAGUAUUGAUACUGCAACAUAUUCUUUGGUUCAAUCAGAAUUACUCGGAUUCUCUCAAUUGAUGGAUGAAUACUACUUUGCUGCAAUGUCCGAUCCAGAUUCCACACCAGAGUACCUAAGUUCUGUUUACAUUUCAUGUGUAACUCAAGUGAUUCGUCAAGAGCAACUUUUCAAAACAGAACAAUUCCAAGCCACACUCUUGCCAUUGUUUGCUCAAUUUGCCAAUCUCUAUUUAACAUUCAUUCGUGAUGGUGUAAAUUAUGGAAAUCAAUUGGGAUGGAGUCAAUCUGUUAAAGCUAAAUAUGAUAGUUUGAUGAAAUCAAAGAUUACUAGUUAUGCUAGUUAUGCAAAUUCAGUUAUCAAUACUCGUAUUCAAUCAUUACCAUACACUGUUUCAACACUUCAGCCAGUAGAUCAAUGGAAUAAGAUUUCAGAUGAACUCAAUCAUUUCUAUAUGUCAGUAACAUUGUUUUCAUACAAUUGGAAAUACUUUGACGUCAAGUUAUAUCCAACUGGUGGUUCUAUUGGUCCAGUUUCACAUAUUCUUUUAUCAAAUCUUGCUGGUGUUUUCAAUAUUCCAGAUUGCUCAUACAAUGUUUGUAAGAAAUUAAAUCGACCAGAAACAGUUGCAUCUCAAGUAUCGACCACAAGAAUGAUGUCAAAAAUAACUCCAUACUUCCACAUUGGUGUCAGUCUUGUUGGACUCAACAUUGAAUACAAUGAUGGAUCAACAAAGUUGAUUGGACGUUCAUCAGGAUCAGAUAUUUCACCAGACCCAACAUUAGUUUUAAAACAAGUUCCAAUUAUUUCAGUCUCUAUCUCAACUGAUCCAAUUCAUACUCAUGCCAUCACAUUCACUUAUUUCGAUUCGACCAAAGCCACUCUAGGAAAAGUAACUACCAACUCUAACGCUCAAACAUUUGAUUCAUCUUUCCCAGGACAAUGUGUUGUCGAUAUUGUUGAACCAGGAUAUGAUUUGGCAGCAUUUUCAUAUUUAAGUGGUCUAGCAAUUGCUUAUGAUGAUGUUGAUUUCCGUUUCCCAGUGUCAUCAUCGGGACCAGUAGCAGUUUCUCAAUAUUAUUAUCAAGAAUCAAAUGGUGAAUCCAGAUAUCUUUACAAUUCUCCAGGAAAAGUAUCCACCGAUUUAGCAGCAUUUAUUGGACCAACAAGUCAAAUCAAUAUUCCAAAUAAAGGAGUAUAUGAUUUUGGAACCAGUGAUUUCUCAGCAACAUCUCUUGUCCAAACAACAGUACCAGGAACAAUCAUGUCAAAUAAACCUGAGUCUGGAGGAGCUACCUUUAGUGGUGGAUUGAGAAUUGUCAUCAAUGAAAAUGGUGUAAUUAUUUUCACAAUUGACAAUGGUUUCGGAUCGUAUAAAACAAUAUCAUCAACAACACAAAUACUUGAUGGAAAUUGGCAUCAUGUUGCUGCUAUUCGAAGAUCUGGUUCAUUGGAAAUUUGGUUGGAUGCUGUUAAACUCACAACAACAACAACUGGUUCAAAUUUGAGUGCCAAAUCAACAAAUACAUUAUUGAUUGGUGCCAAUUAUUACACCAAUCAACCCAAUGAGCCACAUUUUGUUGGAUCAAUCGAAGAUAUCACAAUUUGGAAUGUUGCAAUCUCUCAAAUACAAAUAUCAAACACAAUGAACAAAAAUAUUUUUGGAAAUGAACCAAAUUUGGUUGGAUAUUGGCCAUUUGAUAAUAAUUUCAAUGAUAAGAGUUCAACCGGAAAUAAUGGUGCUUCGACUGGAACAAUUAAUUUUGUUCCAAGUACUUUAUCAUCAAACAUUGGAUGGUCAUUUGGAGGAUAUUCAUUCAAAGCAUUCCAAGUUCCAUGGUCUGUAAUUAUAGAUCCUACUACAGCUGCUGAUACCGAGAGAGAAAUUGUUUAUCGAUUCAAAUUCACACAAUCAAAUGGUAAUAGAUUCUAUUAUACAACCGAUAGUUCAUUCACUUCAAGUGGUUGGGUGUAUGAUGGUAUUGCAUUCCAAGUAUAUGAUGCAAUUGAUGCCACACCUUCUGCCAAACCAGUUUACAGAUAUUCUAGAACUCAAAUUCAAGCAUUUGGAUCAGGUUUAGUUUAUGGAUAUUCAACCGUUCCAAAUAUGUUAGGCUGGACAAAAGAAGGUAUUGCUUGGUAUACAACAAGUGAUUCAACACCAACAUUCCUUUCAUAUCAAGAUCUUGAAUAUAAGAUGAUUCAAAAUGUUGGAUCACAAAGUUGUUUGACAGCACCAACAACAUCUGGAUCAUCAGUAACACUUUCAACAUGUGAUCAAUCGAAUCUUCAACAAUUCUGGUAUUUGAAAUAUGAUUCAUUUGGACCACAUCUUUACAAUCCAAAAACAAUGAUGUAUAUGAACAGUCAAACAACAACAUUGAUUGGAACAACAUCGAUUCCACAAAACAAUUUUAAUAUUCUCAAUCAAUUAACAAAUGGACAAUAUACAAUUCAAGAAUAUAUUACUUCAUUAUGUCUUCAACUCAAUACUGUCUCAAAUAUUGUUGAAUUCAAAACAUGUGAUUCAUCAAAUCAAAAUCAAAUUUGGAAUUAUCCAAGUUCAGUUUUAGUUGAAAGUUCGAAAUCAAUUCCAGUAUUCCCAGGUGCAUGUUUAGAUUCACUUGGAUUGAAAUGCCCAACAACACUUCCUGAAGGUAAAACACUCAAGACAUCAACUACAUCACUCACAAUCAACUCUCAAGGAAAUGGAUAUUUAUCACUUAAAUCCGGAGGUUCUGAAGUAUAUUCAUUGGGAGUAACAACUUCAACAUCAGGACCAUAUUCAAUCACAAUCCAAUCAUUUGAUGGAAAUGUUGUUUUGGUUGGUAAAUCUGGAACAUUCACAGCAAUUAUGUGUAAUAGUCUUGGAGGUCAAUAUCUCAAUCUUCUUGAUAGCAUUUAUGGUUUACCUUACGGAUUGGUUGUCCAAAACGCUAAAAACAAGAAUGGUUCAUUCAUUGACAAUCUUGACACUACAAAUAAUUAUCUUGGAGUCAAUCAAUUCAUCACCAAUGGCAGAGAUUAUUUGAUUAUCAAGAAAACACCUUCUGGUGAUUCCUAUGGUGCAUAUUUAUAUGGACAAAAUCCAAAUGCUGUAUCAACUCCUCUCUGGAAAUAUGAAUAUUCGACUUUAUUAAAAGAAGAUCUCAGAAUGUACGUUCAUUACAAUGGUGAUACCAAUACUUUUUGUAUGGUCAACUCUAUAACAGGAACAUAUUAUUGUCAAUUAUUUGGAAAUUGGAACACACCAAGCAUUCAAUCAUCUCGAUAUCUCCAACUUCCAGCACCAGGAAGUGACCAACCAACAGAUUGGGCAAUUGCAUUGCGUUCAGCAACUGGAUCUUUGACAUAUGGAUAUUUUGGAAACUCCAAAGCUUUGGGAAACUUUGCACUUCAACCAAAUACAAACACUUUAUAUCAAAAUAGAUUCCUAAGUUUCGAAAUCAAUCAAAACAAAUAUUAUAUUAAGAAUCUGUUCACAAACCAGAUACUUCAAGAAUCACCCGCAAAUCUUCAAAUAUGUAAACAUGCUUGGUCAUCCACUGGAAUUUAUCAAUUGAUCUAUGAUACAACAACCACUUGCUCGUCCAAUGCCAAGACAAUGAUUGAUUCAAGUGGACCUCCAAAUGAUCGUUCAACUCAAACCGGUAGAUCGAUAAUACUUCAUCCAUCAAUGCCAGAAUUAGUUGUAUCUGAUGCAUCUGGAUUAUACUUAUGGUCACUCGGAUACAUAAGAAUACAAUAA